AUGGAAUCCGGCAGCGCAGCAUGGGGUGGGGGUGAAGGGAGGGGGCCAAAAGUAAGGAUAUGCUACGUGUGUGGCAGGGGAUACGGACUUUCAUCCUACGAGAUCCACCUGAAGCAAUGCAAAGCUAAGUGGGAAGCAACGCAAGAGCGCCUACCUAAAUCUGAGCGCAAGCCGUUGCCGCAAGAACCAGAUGCAGGCGACCCGUUGGGUGGCAAAGGGUCGCUUGAAGCACAGAACGAAGCUGCUACGCAGGUUUUCAACACAGAGUCGUUGGAGGCAUGUGCGAAUUGCGGGAGAACGUUUCUAAAGGAAAGGCUGAUCAUCCACCAAAAAAGUUGCACAUCAUCAUCACCAGCAAAACGUGUCGGCGCCGCAAGGCUAUCCUCCUCUGACGAACUACCGACAACGACAGUGCACAGACCCAGGACGUCAAGAAAGAGCAAGACGGCGCCGGGACAUUCUUCUGGAGCACAACGCGACGAGUCAGUGGGGACAAUACGCGAAACCAAAGUCUUCGGUAAACGAAGACUGAACGCUACAGUAGCAAGUAUUUCGUGUUCCGCGUGUAUGUAGUGGAUGACCCAAAACGGUUUUUCCCUAUCUUUCAGGUCUGAACUCUGGCCAGCAGGGCGCCCUCGCCGGGAACUACGGAGGAAUCGCGCGAAGAGCAAGCCGAGGGUUACGCGAGAGUCAGGGAACGCCUCCAAGUGGAAGCGAACAAUCCGCCAUUGAACUCCUCGAGCGGCGUAUCGCACAGAUCGAGCACGAGCUAGUCAAUACCAAGGCGGAGGUCAAGGACUUGCGCGAAAUUGUGGAUCGAUCAUCGUUGAAGGCUUCGUAAAAGGGGGGAAGCUUAAACGCAUGUGAACGGCGCACGUGUCCGCAUAGAACAGACGCGUUGAACACAGCAGUACUACGACAACGAGAGGAAGACAUUAAAUAUGACGUUUGGUCGGCAUCUCAUAGAUGCUGGCCGGCGCCCGGGUGCAGGGAGAAACAAACUGCCGUUGCCAUAUCUCUGCUACACAUAAACUCUAUUUCGAGCGGAGGCGAAGCUACACCAUCCACAGCACGGGAACCCGCCAAAAAUUGAAAACACAAACCACUCCACCCGCCUGUAAGAGCGUGUUCAGUAAUUCUAUGGAGCUGAAAGUCCCAAAAAUGCUUCAAUAUCAUAGCAAUGUCAAGGAAAAUCUCUCUAUUCGCCAGCCCUCCUGCGCCGCGACACAAAACUCUCUUCUCCGUUACAAAGUCUCGUAACCUACUCCCCAACUUGGAACGAGGAUCAUUCGAUGUUAAUGUUGCACGCCCCCAUUAUAACGACAGCCAGCAAUCCUGACCAAAAUCGGGAAAACAAAGCGCCCAGUGCCGCCGUGCUGGUGGCCCAUCCUCCUCAUCAUUAUUCCAUUUCAAUUCUUGGUAGAUGCCAUCAGACGUCCAUCUACUUGGCACCCGACUGUGCCGCGUCAGCGCCAGCAACAAUCUCGAGGAGCUCUUGGGUGACGCUCGCCUGACGGGCACGGUUGUACUGGAGGGACAGCCGCUUGGCAAGGUCGGCGGCGUUGUCCGAAGCAGCCCCCAUGGAAGCCAUUCGCGCAGCGAGCUCUGCCGCCACGGACUCCUGAAGCAUGCGGAGGAUCUGGCCGUCGAGGUACAGAGGGAGGAUGGAGUUGAGGAUCUGGAUGGGGUCCUGCUCGAAGAUCAGGUCUUGGGGGAUCUCGGCGUUCUCAACGGGUUCGGCCUCUUCCCUGUCCACCGUGAACUUGCCGCCCUGGGUCGUGAGCUGGAAGAUCUCGUC